AGUGGCAUCUGGACAGUCGCGAUGCGCGGUCAGCGUAGCUCGUCUCCGCUCGGAUCCCGGCAUCUUCUUGUGACCGGCCUGCUGGUGCUGUCACUCGCCACGAGAUCGGUGGUGAGGUGUCUGCUGCUCAAGGAUGACUUGCGGAGGUUCGUGAAUACGCUAGAGCAGUACGCUAGAACGAGAAACGACAUCGUCUUCGUGCUCGACGAGUCCGGCAGCAUCGGUGCGGAUAACUUCCCGGCAGAAAGGCAUUUCACGGAGAUGACCGCGCGGUUGUUGACGGUGUCGCCGGACUUUUCCCGGCUUGCGGUGGUCACCUACGGCAGCAACUACAAGCUUCACAUCAACUACAUCUCCGACGGUGGCGGCAGCAUGUGCAGCUUCCUAUAUGAGCUCGAGAAGAUAGGCUAUCGCGGAGGCAGCACCAUGACCAGGCAGGCGCUUGAGUACGCCAGCAGUCUGCUGCAAAAUGGCCGUGUUGGUGCUAACAGAAUAAUCGUGCUGAUAUCAGACGGACAAGCAGACAGCGACAACAAACCCAACGAUUUCGCUCGUCAAUUGAAGCGGAACGGCGUGAUUAUAUUUGCCGUUGGAGUCGCCAAUAUCAACAGCGCCGAGCUGCAGGCGGUGGCGACAUCGUCCGCGCACAUCUACAUGCUCACCAGCUUUCCCUACAUCGCAAAGGUGAACAGAAACCUCCGCAAAGACAUCCACGAAAGUCAGUGGGACCAGGCGGAUCAAUCCCAGUGCCUCAAAGUGAGCGGGGCAUGCGACACGAACGCCAUCUGCGGAUGCGGUGCCCGAGGCGGAACUCACCGAUGCGUCUGCAAAGCGGGCUAUCAAGGCGACGGGACGUUCGGCAAAUGUCAACGUUGUCCACGAGGAUCGUACAAGAUGAAGACUGGGUAUGAAAAUUGCGACAUAUGUCCGGAAAACUCAUCGACACCUGACGAAGGCGCGACCAGCUUGAACCACUGCUCGUGCAUUCCAGGCUAUGAGGGGAACCCCGGCGGUAAUGUACGAUGCAGCCCCAUCAAGUGCGCGAAGCUCUCGGAUCCUCCUGGCGGAACCACUCUUCCUCACCCAUGUGGAAAUACUUUUGGCAGUGAGUGCGACUUCAAAUGCAACGAAGGCCAUUGCCCUUAUUUGUGCAACAUGACUGAAGUCUUGGCCGGAAACUUACCCUGGAACCGCAAAUCAGGAACGUCGCGCGUCUGCCAGGCGAACAAGGAGUGGUCCGGCGGACAGUUCUUCUGCGACAAGGUCCGCUGUCCAGCGCUCAGGGCUCCGCCCAAUGGCAAACUGCAGUGCUAUAGCAACACGUUCGAGUUCGGCACAACGUGUGUGGUCACGUGCUCCGUGGGCCACAACCUCGUUGGCAACCCCAACCUUACCUGUUCGAUCAACGGCACGUGGACUGGCCAGCUGCCACGGUGCGAUGUCGUAACGUGUCCGCCUCUCAAAGUGAACAAAAAGAUGCGAGUCGACCCUUCUCGCUGCCGGAACGAGACAAGCCCUUACGACUUUUUGUGCAGGUACAAGUGCAUACCAGGCUGGCGGCUGGUUGACUGGGAAACAAACACUGCAGCUGAUGGCGCACGGAAGUGCUUAGAGGAUGGAAAGUGGAAAGACGCGGGACAGAAAAUAACGUGCCAAGACGUGGAGCCGCCAGUGAUCGAGAACUGCACUGAAAGCUUGCAAGUGACCAACGCGCCUCACAGUUCACUGUCAGAUCCGGUAACGUGGAACGAGCCCUGCGCCGUGGACAAUUCCGAACGUGCUAAGGUGAAACUCGUAUCCCAACUUAUGUUGAAAAACUGCCGUGGGAAUAUCGAGGCACCUAAAGUAACAAGCUGUCCUGAUGAUAUAAUCCGCUUCUCAGCGACCAGAGCGAUUAAGGUCACCUGGGAGGAACCUACAUUCGAGGACAAUGCAGGGAAUGUGACCAUCACUUCAGACAGGCCACAGGGCUUUUUCAGCUGGGGCGCUCCAAGCACGGUGAACUACACUGCGAUGGAUGCCGCCGGAAACAGUGCGAGCUGUUCAUUCAAGGUCAUCGUGAAACCCUACAAGUGUCCCUACGUCCCUCCUCCUCGGAAUGGUUACCUGGCAUGCGAUGCGUAUUACCAGCAUUGUAGUGUCUACUGCGAGGAUGGCUACAACUUCCACACCACGCCAGCUUCUAUAUACCGCUGCAAACAAAUACCCCUAGGAUGGACCAUUUCGUCCAGAAAGAAAUUUCCAUUUCCUUGGCCGGACUGUGCAGCAUCAAAUAGAAGCGAGAAAGCAAACGUCAUCGUCAAGUUCAAGUUCGAAACAAAUGCCUGCCAGAUAAGCGAAGAAAAGAUGAGAGCGUUGAAGGAGCAGUUCUACGCGAGGCUUCGAGAAACAACAAAACACAUAAAUGGCCUCUGCGACCCCAGCCGUGGCUGCACGAUGGAAAAAGUUUCCGUCAAAUGCAGAUCUAAGAAUUUCUCGAGCAGUACCACUACUGCUACAAAUGGCCAGCGGCCGGAGAGAAGGCUUACGAAAAGGCAGGCUCAGGGCGGAGACGGUGAAGACGAGUUCGAACUCGUGAUCUCUUUCGAUUUCCCGCUGGGCACCGGCUUCAACGCCACACAACUGAUUGACGGUUGCGAGGAUUGCAAGAACACUAGCCUGGUUCACCCAAGCGACGCGGAAACGACAGCAUUGGGGCGGGCGAUAGAAGCGGCCUUGAGCGAAGUGGUCGGAACUACAGUUGACAGAACGUUUCCUGGAGCGUCACUGGUAGAGACCACGCAUGCCGUAAAGUCUGCUUGCCAAAGAGGGCAGGUUUCCAAUGGACUGCGCUGUGUCAAUUGCCCUGUGGGGACCUACUACUACGAGACCGCCUGCGUGACGUGCCCUAUAGGAACGUACUCCGACAAGGAAGCCGCUGAAUCUUGCGUUCCAUGCCCGGACAACAAGACAACGCUGGAGGGAAAGACGGCCUCCGUGUCUGAUUGCCUAGCUCUGUGCGCGCCUGGCACGUGGUCGAGGACCGGCAAGGAGCCUUGCAUAGCGUGCGAUCCGCACUCUUACCAGGACCAAGUUGGUCAGCUCUCCUGCAAGAAGUGCACCCUGGGCUUGUCAACGGGAUACUGGGGUGCCGCCUCUUCAUCCGAAUGCCAAGGUGUUUGCGACCCCGGGACGUACUCGGCAAGUGGUCUGGCACCGUGCAAGCCUUGCCCCCUUGGCAAGUACCAGCCGGCCGCGAACCAGACUUCGUGCCUAAAUUGCGACGAUGGGCUUGGAACGUACGCCAUCGGAUCGGUGAAUCAAUCUGACUGCGUAGCGCUCAACUACUGCAGCGAGAUGCAGCCGUGCGCCAACGGGUCGACGUGCGUGGACGAGGCGACCGGCUUCCGUUGCGUGUGCCCCGAAGGGCUGCGCGGAGCGCGCUGCGAGCAAGACGUGGACGACUGCGAGCCGGGACUGUGCCUGAACGGCGGCACGUGCGUGGAUGGUUUCAACGCGUUCAGCUGCCUCUGCCCUUCCGGCUACAGGGGUGCUGCGUGUGAGAUCAACGUCGACGACUGCGCCUCAGGGCCCUGUUUCAACGGCGCCACCUGCAUCGACGGCAUCGACGCGUUUGCCUGCAAGUGCGCGAAGGGUUUCACGGGCAAGCUCUGCGACGCGACGUUCCACGAUUGCACCACGAAACCGUGCCGCAACGGUGGCUCGUGCUUCGAGAGUGUCACGGGAUUUCGAUGCUGCUGUCCGAAAGGAUUCCGCGGAAAGACUUGCGAGUUGGUGGAACACGUUUGCUUGCCCAACCCGUGCCAGAACAACGGCACGUGCAAGAAGAAAAGCGACUCGUUCCAGUGCGCAUGCGCGCCGGGCUUCGCGGGCCGUCGCUGCGAGAGGAAGGUGAACAACUGCGCUUCGGCGCCGUGCCUCAAUGGUGGCACGUGCGUCGACGGACUCGCUUCCUUCUCGUGCCGAUGCCACGGACUGUACACGGGGGACACUUGCGCGGACGUUCGGUCAUCGCAGUUCACGCUGCACUUUCGGAAUGCCUCCGUGCUGAACUACGCUACGGUUCCCGUACAGCGUUACCUCCGCGCCAUGACGCUCUCCUUCCACAUGAAGACGACUCAGACUAAGGAGCGCGGAACGGUGUUCUCGUACGCAUUCGUCGACCCGCGCACCAAGCAGGUCCAGGACAACGCCUUCACCAUCUCCGACCCCAACAAGCUGCUUCUCUACGUGUACGGCGAGAGCUACGACACCAAGGUGGUCGCAAACGAUGGCCUAUGGCACCACUGCGCGGUGACUUGGGAGAGCGCGGACGGUCAGUGGAUCUUCUACUGGGACGAGCAAGAGAAGGCGCGUAACUUCCGGGCUGCCGGUGAGGUCGUCUUCCCUGGAGUGCUCGUGGUGGGACAGGACCAGGACCGCGUGGGAACUGCGUUUAGUGGCGUCGAGGCCUACUCCGGACAUGUGGCCGAGCUGAACGUGUGGGAUUACGCCAUGUCGCCCAGCGAGGUCAGGGAACUCUCGCAAGCAUGUCGGCUAGCGGGCAAUGUCGUUUCCUGGCCUGAGCUGCGCCUUGCUGCCACAAACGGCAUUGUGAUCGACGACGACUGGGAGCUGUGCAAAGACACGUACGGCGGCCAAGACAGGAAGCAGGCCAUGUCGUGCCACAGCGCAUCUGCCUCCUUUGAGAACCGUACCAGUUGUUCCAGACGAGUGGGAUCCUGUAGCACGAAUCCAUGUAAAAAUGGCCAGUCAUGCAUUGAAAGGAGUGACGGCACCGCAGAGUGCGUCUGCAGUGCAUCGUACGAAGGCAGAUUUUGCCAGUAUGACGUCGACGAGUGCUUAAUAGGAAGGCACAACUGUUCCCACACAUGCGUCAACAUGCCGGGGUACUAUAAGUGCGCAUGUCCAGAGAGAAUGAUCCUUAGCAACGAUGGAAUCACGUGUGUGGAUACCAGUUAUUGCAUCGAUGUUUCGUCGGCGUAUGUGGACGGAGAGUCGUGGAGCGUGGCUGUGAGACCUGCAAGUGUGACAAGGGAGUGGUUCAGUGCUCUCCUUUGGACUGUCCAGCACUGA